ACUUAUGACGUCAUUGGAUCUCGCCGGGCUCUUCCUGGUUUGUGUGCUGUCACUUUUUUUAUAAACAGUCUGUGGUUGUCACAUGUAAACACAGAGUUUAGACUUUAUGAAUGGUGACUCGUCUCUUCUCCGCCGCUGUGUCGCCUCCAGGUGAAACCCUGAAACCUUUACAGGCUUUUAAAAACUCCUACAUGCUAACGCACGAUGCUAACGCUAGCCGCCGGUGAAGUCGGAUCUGAGUCGUGAGGAGAUGGGGUCUGUCCGCUGGGCUUUCCUCUGCGGGUCGUGGACCCCGAGCCGGGCCGAGUGGCUGCUCGCGGCCCGCUGCGUCCAGAGGGAGGAGAAGGACAGGAUCGGACAGUUCGUAUUCGCCAAGGAUGCGAAGUCAGCCAUGGCUGGCAGGUUGUUGCUCCGGAGGUUUGUCUGUGAGAGGAUGGGGAUCCCCUGGUCACAGAUCAGACUGGAGAGAUCUCCCAAAGGGAAGCCUUACCUGGCAACACCGCUGAAGGUCGGUUCAGAUUCAGGUGGUGUCUGGAGUUUCAACCUCUCCCACCAGGGAGACUACGCCGUGCUCGCUGCAGAUCAGGGGGUGCAGGUGGGAGUGGAUAUCAUGAAGACCACCAUGCCAGGUAGCAAGUCUGUGCCGGAGUUUUUCCGCAUCAUGACUCGUCAGUUUACAGCGUACGAGUGGGGCAUCAUCCAAUCAGCUGGCUCGGAGCACCAGCAACUCGCUGCGGUCUACCGCCACUGGGCCCUGAAGGAGAGCUUCAUCAAAGCCAUCGGCACAGGUCUCGGCUUAGACCUGCAGAGGGUGGAGUUUCACCUGUCCUCUGAACCGCUCACCCAGAACCAGCCGCUACGUCAGACCAAGAUGCAUCUGGAUGAGGAAGAAAAGGAGGACUGGAUAUUUGAAGAGAGCUUGCUGGAUGUUGACCAUCAUGUUGCUGUUGCACUCGGACCAACAGACAAACCAGACUCUCCACCUCGUCCUUCAUCUCUCCCUCCUCCCACCACAUUUACGCUGCUGUCGUUCAGUGACCUCACUGCCUCCGCCUCACCUCUGACGGAGGAAGACCCCACCUACUGGGACAGCUUCAAGACAAAGGCUGAGGGUCCACAGAGACAGAGAGAGACACACACGUCCAGACAAGCUGCUGUCUCAGACUGACACUGAAGCUGCUACUUCAUUCAACAUGAGUCCAGUCUAGUUUAUUUAUGAGCAGAAAACUCACAGGUUUGACUCAGACUCAGAAGACAUCUUCUAUUUUUAGAUCCUCACGAUACUGGACAGUACAUCCAAAUAUUUAGUUUUGAUUCAUAGAAUAACAUGCUCUGAAUUUCAUAAGCUGCCUCCUAAUGUUUCGAGUUUGUUCAAAGCUGUCUUUCACUCAUUAAAAGUAAUAUAAUAAUAAUAAUGGUAUUACAAUA